GCAGUUGAGUCGGCCGAGGGGAAGGAGCUCAGUCGUUGCUGCUGUUAUUACUGUGGUGCUGCUGCUGCUGCUGGUGCUGCUGUUUCUGCUGUUGCUGCGGCUUCUCGGUCGCCCGCAGGAGAAAGGAGAAUGCCCGCGGUCAGCGAGGGAACCACCGCCAACUGGUCGCGUGGAGCCGGCGAGCAGUUCGCCCCGGCUCAGGCUUGCGUCGGAUAAAGCCCAGGAUCCCACAACCUCCCCUCCCCUCAACCGCCCCCUCCCCAGGAAAGAAUCGAUCGCCUCCCUCUUUUUUCCCCUCACCCCACCUGCUGAUCCCCCGCCUUCUGUACGAAAUGAGUGCUCCUGAAUGAAACUGCUUGGCCCCCCGCAGCCCCCUACGAAGAAGGUGGUUCCGUUUUCGCCGGCAAAGCUCCCCGUCUCUCUCUCUCCACCCGGGAUUUAUAGCGUUGAGCGCCCUGUUAUUUCUUCCGAGGCCAAGGCUACGUAUUCCACAAGCAGGCAUGAGUGCCGGGUGCGAAUCCAGCCCAAACAGUGGGGGCGGGAGCAGUAGUGGCAGCUCCGGCGCCCCCCGCAGGACACGGGCUCCUCGUGGGAGCGACGCCCAGGGCCAGACCACCGACGACAUGGACAUUAACAGCAACGGCUCCAGCGGCAACGAAUCUCACGGCGAUUCACACAGUAGUUCGAACAGCAGCGGCAACGGGAAGGACUCGGCUCUCCUGGAGACCACGGAGAGCAACAAGAGCUCCAAUUCGCAGAGCCCGUCUCCUCCCAGCAGCUCCAUCGCCUACAGCCUUUUGAGUGCCAGCUCGGAGCAGGACAAUCCCUCUACCAGCGGCUGCAGCAGUGAGCAGUCGGCCCGCGUGAAGACGCAGAAGGAGCUGAUGAAAGCCCUCAAAGAGAUGAAGAUCCGUCUGCCCUCCGAGAAACGCAGCAAGGGGAAGUCGGGCACGCUGGCCACCCUCCAGUAUGCCCUCUCCUGCGUGAAGCAGGUCCAAGCGAGCCAGGAUUACUAUCAGCAAUGGAGCAUCGACGACAGCCAGACCUGCACUCUGGAUAUGUCCACCUACACCAUCGAGGAACUGGAGAACAUCACGUCCGAAUACACCCUGAAAAACCCCGACACCUUCACAGUCGCCGUGUCCUUCACCACGGGGAAAAUCCUUUACAUCUCCGACCAGGCGGCCUUCAUCCUGCGCUGCAAGAGAGAGGUCUUCAAGGGGGCGAAGUUUGCCGAGUUUUUGGCUCCCCAAGACGUCAGCAUCUUCUACGGCUCCACAGCUCCGUACCACCUGCCUUCCUGGGGCGCCUGCCCCUCUGCCACCGCCAUGGAUUACACCCAAGAGAAAUCCGUCUUCUGCCGCAUCAGCGGAGCCCACGCUGGAGGACGGGAGCUGCGCUAUUACCCUUUCCGGCUGACCCCUUACCUGACCAAGGUGCGGGAUUCGGACAGCGCCGAGGGGCAGCCCUGUUGCCUGCUUAUCGCCGAGCGCAUCCAUUCGGGCUAUCCAGCCCCCAGGAUUCCUCCCGAUAAACGCAUCUUCACCACCAGACACACCCCCAGCUGCUUGUUUCAGGACGUGGAUGAGCGAGCUGCCCCCCUGCUUGGCUACCUCCCCCAAGACUUGGUUGGGACCCCUGUCCUUUUCUACUUGCACCCUGAGGACCGGCCUCUUAUGCUGGCCAUACACAAGAAAAUCCUGCAGUACGCUGGGCAGCCGUUCGACCACUCGCCCAUCCGCUUUUGCGCCCGCAACGGCGAAUACGUCACCAUUGACACCAGCUGGUCCAGCUUCGUCAAUCCUUGGAGUCGCAAAGUCUCGUUUAUCAUGGGCAGGCAUAAAGUGCGGACGGGUCCCCUCAACGAGGAUGUCUUCACCGCCCCCAAAGUCUUGAAGUCCAAGGCCCUGGAUGUGGACAUUCAGGAGCUCUCCGAGCAGAUUCACCGGCUGCUGCUGCAGCCUGUGCACAGCAGUGGAGCCCUGGGCCUUUGCAGCAACUCGGCCUCCCACGAGCAGUUCCUGAGCAUCGCCUCUUCCAGCGACAGCAACGGCUUCCCCCCAGAGGAGGCCAAGCCUCUCCGACCGAUGACCUUCCAGGAGAUCUGCAAGGAUGUCCAUAUGGUCAAGAACCAAGGCCAGCAGGUCUUCAUCGAGUCCCGGGUCAAGCCGCUGCCCAUCAAGCCUCCUCGGCCAGCUAUGAAUCCACCUGUCAGUCACAUCGGGCGAUCCAAGGAGGCCUUGAGGGACGCGGAGAAGAGGUCGCACAAGGCGACCACCUCCGAGGAUUCUCUGCGGAAGGAGCCUUCCAACUACUCCUAUCAGCAGAUCAACUGCCUGGAUGGAAUUAUCCGAUAUUUGGAAAGCUGUAACAUCCCCAGCCGGGUGAAACGCAAGUGCGGUUCGUCCUCCUACACCACCUCCUCCAAUUCGGACGACGACAAGCAGAAAGUGCACCAACAGGUGGCAGUGCAGAGCAAAGAUGUGCCCGAGGAGAGGCUGCCGGCCACCGGGAGCCAGCCCAAGAGGAAAGAACCCGGAGUGGCGGCGUCUGCCGCCGCCGUGGUGGGAGGCCCUCUCGCUCCGUUGGCCUUGCCUACUAGCAAAGCCGAGAGCGUGGUGUCCGUGACCAGUCAGUGCAGCUUCAGCAGUACCAUCGUCCACGUGGGAGACAAGAAGCCCCCGGAGUCGGACAUCGUCAUGAUGGAAGAGACGGCGCCCAGCGCCACUCCGCCCGCCCCUCCGCCCUGCGUGACCCCCGACCGGGAGCCGCAGUACCGCCGGGUGGGCCUGACCAAGGAGGUGCUGUCCAUCCACACCCAGAAGGAGGAACACUCCUUCCUCACCCGCUUCAAGGACCUCAGCCAGCUGCACGUCUUCAACUCUCCCUCCAGGCUCAGCUGGCAGGAGCUCCACCAUCCCCGGGCCCAGGACCAGCGAGGACUCCGAGGCCUGCGCCAGGGACCUCGCGGCCCAAACGGCCGGGGACGCAGCCGGAAGUCCAAAGCCAAACGCAUCCGGCAGAACAAAUCGUCGGACAGCACCAGCUCCCCCCAGAACUCUAUUGGCUCGCCCCCGCAACUGCCCUGUCCCCCAGCCGCCGCCUCCUGGGCCCCCUCUGGCCCUUCCCCGCCCACCCUCCCAAACAUGUCCUACCCAACCGUAAUGCCCACGUACCCCAUCCCCGUCUUUCCCCCUCGCCCCCCAGCGUCCCUGGCCACCGAGCCUUCCCACAACCCCUUGCCUGCCCCUCAGUUCCCCGCCCCCCUCAUGACCCCCAUGGUGGCCCUUGUCUUGCCCAAUUACGUCUUCCCCCAGAUCAACAACCCCCUUCCCCAGACGUAUUUUCCCGGGGGUCCCGUUUUCCCCUUUGGACCCCCGCAGGCGGGCAGCACGACGCUGGCUCCCGGGCCCGAAGCCGGCCUUCAAAUGCCUUCCCAGUCUUCCACCCCCCACUCGAUGAGCCAGCCCGAGUGCGCUGAAUCCCCGCUCUUUGAGUCGCGCUGCAGCUCCCCGUUGCAGCUGAACCUCCUCCAGAUGGAAGAGCUGCCCAAGCCGAGCGACCGCCAAGAAAGCAUCAUGAGCGGUCAAGCGGGACCAGCCGGCACCUCUGCGGAUUGGGUUGGAGUGACCGGCGGGCAGGGCCUGGGGAACGAACUCGGCCCGCCGAAGGAAGUCUGCAUGGUGGAAGCUCACGAUUCCUCCAACAACGACGCUUUGUCCAGUUCCAGUGAGCUCCUGGAUCUCCUCCUUCAAGAAGAUUCGCGCUCGGGCACCGGGUCAGCCGCCUCGGGCUCCAUGGGCUCGGGUUCCAACGGGGAGAGCACGUCUGCCAGCGGGACCACCAGCAGCAAGAGUAGCAACACCAGCAAAUACUUCGGCAGCAUCGACUCAUCUGAGAACGAUUUACGGGCCAAGAAGCGAUCCGAGGCGGAGGACAACGAACACUUCAUGAAAUACGUCCUCCAGGAUCCCAUCUGGGUGCUGAUGGCUAACACCGACGAUAAAAUCAUGAUGACCUAUCAGCUGCCUACCAGGGACAUGGAGACUGUCCUGCAGGCGGAUCGCGAGAAACUGAAGCAGAUGCAGAAGCAGCAGCCCAGAUUCACGGAAGAGCAGAAGAAGGAGCUGGCCGAGAUGCAUUCCUGGGUCCAGAAGGGGAUCUUGCCCAAAGCCAUUAACAUCACGGCCUGCGUUGAGUGCGAGAGCAACUCUCGGGUCUCCCCGCUUUAUGACGUAGAGAUCCAGGACAUGGACCUAAGCGGCAUGUUGGAGCCGAUGGAGGAGGGUAACGGGGCGCAGGUCUCCCCGCCUUCUUUACCGGCGGAAAUGGCCAUGGAGGACGAGGAAGCCGGAGAGAGUCGGGACCAGGCACACCGGGCAAAAGCAAAAGCUCAGCAGACCAGCUAAGCCUUGGAGAAGAGAGGACUUCGGAUCAAUCUCGGACGUCGCUCGGAUGAGGAGCCAAGACUGCUGAGCAGCAGGACUCGGCCAACCGAGGCGCGCAGCCAGGGGGCGUCCCUCCCGUUGCAAGGACCCUGUGUCGGCCUUCUUUCAACCAGGAACCUCUGGACUGGCGGGUCUCCAGGCAGGGGCAACCACCCCCCUCACCCGUCGUGGACGCCUUCCUCUCCUUCGACGGGACCCAGCCGCUUUAAUCCUCGUGGUGUUUCUGGACAGGGGUUACGGACUCCCGGGAGCCCGGGAUGUUUUUUGGUGCAGGAUUUUGCGGUGGGGUGCGGGGACGAGCGAAGGCGACUCGAGUUUUUAUGUAUUUAUUUUUUUUUGACAAUUUUGUCAUUGGUUGUUUUCCUGGGUUCUUUUUUUUUUCUUUCUUUUUUUUUUUUUACUGAUCGGCGGCCGUGUCCCAGAAAGGGGCCGGCGCGCAGCGCUGAAAAUAGUAAUAAAUGAUAAUAAUAAAAAGAUGAAUUGGAGAACUGA